AUGCAAUUGUACAAUGUCUUUGCCUUUCCAAUUGUGCGUGACCAGCUCAUCGCCAACACAAUCUUCGUUGCAAUUGCCACACUCUUGGUAAUAUUGCGUGUCGUCUCUCGGCGAAUCCGAAAAGCCUACAUAGGAUGGGACGAUGCAUGCUGCUUUGCGGGGUUAUUGCACACAUAUGGAAUGCUCGCAAUGCAAUUCCACUAUGCUCGUGUCGGGAUGAGACACCACAUCACCGCGAUCCCCCAAGAGAAUGCUGUGGUAAUCGCCAAAAUGCUCAUGGUCUACCAAAUCGUCUACUACAACGCCAUGGUCUUGGCUAAAUUCUCUUAUCUCGCCUUCUACCUCCGCAUCUUUGUGUCACGCGAAUUCCGCAUUUUGACCUGGAUCUGUAUGGGAUGUGCAUGCGCAUACUGGACCGGGAGUAUGCUCCAGAUUUUCCUAAUCUGCACACCCUUCGAGAAGAACUGGAACCCAACUCUGCCGGGUCAUUGCGCCAGUCAAAAUGUGGCGUUUUCGACCAUUGGAGCCUUUAACCUGAUCACUGAUGUGAUGAUCAUGGCAUUGCCGAUUCGAUUUGUCUGGAAAUUGCAGAUGUCAAUCGGGACUAAAUUGGCGCUGGUUGGAAUCUUUGGAUUGGGUAUCUUUAUUUCCUCCAUCACCAUCAUCCGUAUCCGUGUUCUCACCACAGUUGAUUUCACCGAUUUGUCUUACUCGAUGAUCUGGGCUGCCUUCUGGAGUGUCACGGAGCCUGCCCUUGCCAUUGCAAAUUCCUGCGCGCCCAUGCUUCGACCGAUUCUGAAGUCCGCGUUCCCGUCCUUGUUCUCUAGUGCUCAUGGUGCAUACUCGACGCAACCGUCAACGGGUCCUACCCUGAGCAAGAAUAGUGCGGCGAAACGGACGCAUGGUAUGGAUGAGAUGGAUAGUGAGUUUCCGCUCACACAAUUGGAUCAAACGCCAGGAUCGGCAGAUGGAGGGUCGUUGAAUGAUCAAUCGCAGGAUGGUCGUUCUCACUACACGCCAUAUCAAACCCCUAGGUCUGUUGUGGGGACUUCUAAGGGGAUGUCAUGA